AUGGCAGAGACAGACACGACAGACGCGCCACGCAAAAGACCUCGUCAACCGACGUCAGAUCCCAAAUAUCCUCGUAAACGAAGUGUAAAAGCCUGCCACGUAUGUCGUGCGCGAAAGACAAAGUGCGAUAAUGUGCAGCCGACAUGUGGAUUCUGCGCGUCGUUGAAUAUUCCUUGUUCGUACGAUAAUACGGAAAAGGAUCAUUCGCAGUUUGAUCCUGCUAGUUUGGAGAUCCUUCGGCAGUUGGGGCUGAUCAUCACGUCGCAGGAUGAACUGGCGCGGACUGUUCAGGCAAUUGCUGCUCAAUCGCAUGCAGGAUCAGGUCUGUCUCAGAGUCAGAAUCUGGGUAGCAACUGUGACGUGACGGCACAGACGCAGAGAACUGUUCCGACUGAGUGGUUCGCUGGACAGCCGGAGUCAGCGUCUACGACGCCUGCUUCUUCGGCGAGUGUAGCUGCUGUGAGAUGGUUCGGGAUUCUGGCGAAUGAUGCGCCGGGUGAAGUGUUCACAGAAGCAGAUGCUCUCCAAGGGGAGCUUCUAGAUACAUCAACAGAUGGACAGACCGAAAGUGAUAUCACUCCUUUGCAGAGAGCCACUCGGGCAAUCGAUGCACAACCCGAAGUAUCUGAUAGAAGAAGCAGUGUCUCCGAGGAGAGUCUGUGGCAGGCUUCUGAGAGCAUAUCGCUCCUCGAUCAAGAACAGAGCUUGUUUCAGAAUUUCCUGCAUCGGAUAUGUUCAUGGCUCGACCUAUUCGACCCAGCCCGGACAUUCUCCACACGAGUCCCCCAUCUCGCCGUCCGAAACGCGGGUCUUCUAAACGCCAUCCUCGCCCUCUCAAGCUACCACCAAUCCCUCGACACAAGUCUUCCACCCUCUCAACGUCCCGACCAAAACAUCGCUUUACAAUAUUACUACCAAACGCUGCACUACGUCCAAAAGGCAAUGCGUUAUUCCUCUUACCAAAAUAGUCAAGAACUUAUGGCCACAACGCUAAUGGUAUCAACAUACGAAAUGCUCCGCGGGUCACGACAAGAUUGGCAACAGCACCUUCAAGGUGUCUUCUGGAUUCUAAGAUCUAGACAAAUUGAAGUUGAAACGAGUAGUUUGGAAAGUACGACUUGGUGGGCUUGGCUAAGACAGGAUAUCUGGGUUGCGUUCAGGGAGAAGAGACGGACGUAUAGUACGUGGAUGCCGAAGAAGGGAUAUGCGGAAUUAGAUAGUCAUGAGCUUGCGUCUAGAGCUGUCUGGAUUAUGGCGCAGGUCAUUAAUUUCUGUGCUGUGGAUGAAGUGGAGGGGAGAGUUGGUUGGGCGAAGGCUUUGAGAAAGUUGUUGGAUGAGUGGCAGAGACACCUUACGGUUGAGUUUUCGGCUUUGCCUACGAUGGGGAAGUAUGAUGGGGAAGUGUUUAAGCCUCAUCUUAUCCAUCCACAAUGCUUUGGCCUCGCGGUACAGCUUCAUCAUUGUUCUCGAAUUCUCAUCAACGCUCAUGAACCACAUCUUGAUGGUAUACAAGGUUUGCUAAAGCGCCAGAAGGAAAUACAAAAAGGUAUUGAGAUGGUAUGUGGGAUUGGCAUGACGCUUACGGAAGAUGCAUCAAGUAUGCUAUCUUCGCAAUGUCUCUUCAUCGCUGGCAUGUUCAUGCAAGAUCCUCGUCAAAAGGAAGCCGUUUUAAAUAUGUUGGAUGCUUGUCAGAAGAGAUGCGGAUGGCCUACACCUUCAUUGAGAUUUGAACUAGAGGCAAUUUGGAAGAACCCUGAUGCUCUGUGGCGCAUCGUGCGCAACGAUGCUAUUCUCGUCGAUCCGCCUGAGAUCUACAACUGGCGAGUCAUCGCCUUGACAGCAUCAGCAUGUUUUGCUGGAGCACUCUUCGGUGUAGACGCCGGUAUCAUCGGCGGUGUUCUCGCCAUGCCCGACUUCAAACGUGAAUUUGGUUUCGACAAUCGUUCAGACAAAGCAGCCGCCGAUCUCGCCGGCAAUCUCGUAACGACUAUGCAAGCCGGUGCCAUUGGCGGCGCUUUGAUCUGUAGUCCCUACGCUGAUUUGAAAGGUCGAAAACCAGCUCUUCUCAUGGUCGCCAUCACAGGGUUCGUGGGAGGAAUUCUCCAAGCGUUUUCGUAUGGUCAUUUAUCAGCAUUCUAUAUCGGACGGUUCAUUGAAGGCAUUGGUCUCGGCGCAGGAACGAUGCUCGCACCAACAUACGUCUCCGAAAACUCCCCCCGCGCCAUCCGCGGUUUUCUAGUAGGAUUCUUCCAACUCCUCCUCGUGCUAGGCGGCAUGACAGCCUACUUCAUAAACUACGGCUCCCUCCUGCAUCUCCCUGGAAAAGCAACAUGGAUGGUCCCGCUAGCCUGUCAAUCCAUCUGUCCCGCCUUGCUCUUCAUCAGCAUGCUCUUCUGUCCCGAGUCACCACGCUGGCUUGCGUCAAGAGACCAUUGGGAGAAGGCUGGCGCUGUGUUAUCUGAUGUGAGGAAGUUGCCUGUUGAUCAUCCGUAUAUCCAGCAGGAGUUGUUGGAGCUCAAGACGCAGAUUGAUCAGGAGAGGGCUGUCAUGCAGGAUACUGGUUUUUGGGCUUUGCAGAAGGAGUGUUGGACGCUUCCUUGGAAUAGGAAGAGGGCGCUUUUGACGGUUGGGAUCGUUACGUGUGGGCAGUGGACUGGUACUGGCGCUAUCAAUUACUAUGCCCCAACUAUCUUCAAGGACCUCGGUCUGAGCUCAACUACAACCGCUCUCUUCGCCCAAGGAAUCUACGGCGUCGUUAAAGUCGUAACCUGUCUCAUCUUCAUCUUCUUCCUAGCCGACUCCCUCGGCCGCCGUAAAUCCUUCAUGUUCGGCGGCGCGAUCCAAGCAUUCUGCAUGUUCUUCAUCGGCUUCUAUUUGCGCUUCGGUCCUGAACCUGGAGAGAACGAUCAUCCUCCUCCAGCAGGUAUCGCUGCUUUGGCGAUGGUGUAUAUCUUUGCUGCAGCUUUCAACAUGAGUUGGGGACCAGUUUCCUGGAUCUACGUCUCCGAAAUUCCAACGCAGCGGCUGAGGGCAAAUAAUGUCGCCCUCGCAUCAUUCACACACUGGGUUCACAAUCUCGCUGUUUCAAAAUCGACACCCGUGAUGCUCCUACACGAUCCGUACCGAGCAUACUUUAUCUUUGGAUCAUUUAAUUUAUUCAUGGCCAUCGCUGCGUUCUGGAUCCCCGAGACCAAGGGUAUCUCGCUUGAACGUAUGGAUGAAGUCUUCGGCGUAGCAGAUUUCUCAAAGGUCGAAGAUGUGGGUAUCGCAGCUAGUCGAGCAACGAGAAUUGACGAUGAGAAUGUGGAGGAUGUGCAGCCGAACAAAUCAUGA